UAUGGUGGAGCAUGGGGGACGAGGAUUCGAGUAGUGCUGACUGUCUUACUAGUUGCAACAGUCAUCUACACAGUGGUCCUUAAUGCACUUGCCGGCCCUGGCUUUUUUCCCUUCAAACACUCAACUGGUUAUGUCUCAGACAAGCUCUUCAUCUGCAUCACACCAGCUGGAUAUACUUUCAGUAUUUGGGCUGCCAUUUAUGUGUCUCUGAUCCUGAUAGCCAUAUAUGCUAUUGCAUUGCUGUUUCUAAAAGUGUGUGAGGUGAAGGUAUGGAAGCUGGGAGGUGCUGUUCCCAGCUCAUUGAUUCUGGUGUUGAUCAUCAAUCUCAACCUUAAUGUGGGAUGGCUCUUUGCCUGGGAUAACAUAAGUGUUACAGCAUCAGCCAUUAUCCUGGUGCUCAUUGUAAUCACUAAUGGCACUGCAUUAUCCUUAAGUGCUUGUAGCUUUGCAAAAGAUGCUGCAAGUCUCUAUACAAAAUCUAAAUUUAAUUUUUGGUGUGGAAUUUUGGUGAUCAAUGGCUUGUUAUUGUAUAGCACUUGGACCACCUUUGCUUCUACCAUUAAUCAGUCAAUUUUCUACAAGUAUGAACUGAAACUGGAUGGUAAUAGUGUUUGCCUUUGUGCACUUUCCUUCCUUGUGGUUGGCUUCGUUGUUUGGUUCGUACUUGAGAACACUGUGUUCACAUUGGUUGCCAACCCUUUCCUUACCCACUACAUAGUGCUGCUGUGGGCAAUUGUUGGAAUCUACAUGGAACAAAAAGACAUAGUGAGUACCGAAGUGUCAGCCUUGAUCACCACCACCAUAGUAGUAGCAGCAGUCUUGUUUCUUACCCGCAUUUUCCUUCUCAUCUACAGAAACCGAGAAAAUGGAAUCUACAAAAAUACAGUUUUGCUACUGAAGUAAAUGCUGUUAGAUUGGAUGCCUACUAAAGUUUGCCUCAUCACAUCAUGGCAGCAGUUAUUAGAAGUAACCAAACUUUAAUGCUUAGCUAGGUGUCUUGACUCUAUUUUUCUGCCUUACAGGUAAUGUCUGUAAUUUUGAAUCACUGAUACCUAUUCCACCUCAUACUCUUUUUAACUUCUUGCACAUUUUCAUUAUGCCAUUGAAUUAAAAAAAGUUACACAUACUGUACAGUUCAUAUAGUUCAGAUAAAUAUAUUGGAUAUUUAAAGUAUAUGUAUAAAGAUCCUUACAAUGUACUAUACAAUAUUGCAUGUAAAUAUGCAUUAAAAUAUAUUUAUUCUGUAUUCUCUUAAUUUCAAUUUUAUUUGGAAUGUUCUCAAAUAUUCAGGAUAAAGCAAAAAAAUAUGCAUUGUAAAUGACAAUCUUUGUAUAAUAGUAAAUAUUUUAUUUUCUAUACACAGUGUAACCUCUGGUCACAAACGCUUCCGAAUACAAACAAAUCUGUUCACGACCAAAAAAAUUUGCCAGAUUUUUGCAUCUGGUCACAAACACACAAUUGGGUGCCAAAUAAACACAGCCACGCCAAUUUUCACAUUCCUCGCCAUUUUUUGCGCCAGUUUUCGUGGUAAAUUCAGAUUAGUAAUGUUUUAUCAGCAGGUAGUGCUGAAACAGCUUGCAGUGCCACUACUGUCUAGGGCUUCCCAUAUAUAAUUUUUGGUAAAUAUUUUUUUUUCUCAGUUGUUUGUUGGGCUAUCUUAUUGAAACUUGAGCAAUGUCUGUUGGAAAGGUGCUUCUUAACGUACACCAAAAAUGAAAGAACUCGGACAAUAAAUAACUGAGUUUGCUGCUCAGCCAUUAGACCCCUUAAAACUCGUGUAACAUUAGUUUUCUAUGUUCAAGGUUUUCUCAGUAUUAUUCAAGGUUUUUAAAUUUAGUUUACUAUUACACUGCAUUCUAUGGUAUAAUUAACUUAAAUUUGUGUUUCACACAGUUCAUAGGGGUCUGGAACGGAUUAAUCAUAUUUACACACAGUCCAAUGGGGAAAUUAGAUUUGGGUCACAACCAAAUUGGGUAGCAACCAGAGUUUUGGAAUGAAUUAUGGUCGUGACCAGAGGUUCCACUACAGUAAACCCUCUUACAAUGUAACUUCACAUUGGGUGAUUUGGCUGCAUAGUGAUUAAAAGUGCAACAAAAUAAUAAUCUUGUGUGAAAUAAAUCAUAAAAUAAU